AGCGAGCAGGCAGUCGUUGUGCCGAGUCCCAAACGAGAGCGCGGCAGGAGUCCGUGAACAACUCCAACUUUUAAUUUAUGCGAGCCGAACCGAGCCGAGUCACCGUGUAGCGUCGGGUUGUUUUCACCGUCUUUAUGCGCUCCCUCCAUCCCGGACUGGCUUAGUUUCACGGCGGCUCGUUGUUUUCGGUCUUGUUCGGAGGCUAAAUCUGUUUUGGUACCGAAAUAAAAAGAGAAGAAGAAGAAAGCCGCAGUCUCUUAUGUGUGUCCAACCUCCCUUCAGCUACAGAAACUCAGCGAGCCUCGACGGAGCGAUUGACGGGACUGCAUGGAUCUGACUGAACAUGAAGAGCCUUAAAGCCAAGUUUAGAAAAACUGAUGUCAAUGAGUGGAACAAAAAUGACGAGCGCCUGCUUGCAGCAGUGGAGCACGGCGAGGUGGACAAAGUUGUGUCCCUGCUUAGUAAGAAAGGUGCCAAUGCUGUGAAGCUGGACAGCGAGGGCAAAUCAGCACUUCAUGUAGCUGCUGCUCGUGGCCAAACAGACUGUCUAUCUGGGAUCUUGUCUCAUGGAGCUGACCUGUCAGUCACUGAUACUGCUGGUUUUACUCCUCUACACCUGGCUGCCAAAAACAAUCAUGUGGAGUGUUGCAGAAAGCUCCUUCAGAGUAAAUGUCCCAUCGAAGCAGUGGACAGUUCAGGGAAAACUGCGCUGCAUCAUGCUGCCGUUGGUGGGAACAUGCAGAUUGUUCAGCUGCUAUGUGAAGCCAAAAGUCCCAUCAACCUAAAAGACGUGGAUGGACUCACUCCCUUAAUGCUGUCAGCCAAACACGCUCAUUCUGAAGUCUGCAGCACUUUGCUGGACUGUGGUGCUGAAGUCAACGCCUCUGACAACACUGGCAGGACAGCCUUGAUGCUUGCCGCCGAGUCGAAUGCAGUAUUUGAGGUUGAAGUCUUGGUUCGACGAGGAGCAGACCUGUCGGUCGUAGAUUCAGACGGCCACGAUGUUGUUCACUAUGCCACGCUGUCAGGCAACUCUGAAACCAAAACUGCCCUCCUGGCUGCUCUGAACAAACAUCAGCUUUUAG